GUUCACCUCCUCCUCUUUUAAGAGAGAUGAGUUCCCGACGCGAGUGGAGGCGUCUUCCUCCUUGAUACUCACCUAAGCUCCGUUCCGUUCAGCAACUCCUUCAGAUCUGCGGGUUCAUUACUGACUAUCAAUUUUUCAAUUGCUGAUUAUAUUAAUUGACUGUCAAAAUGUCUCCUCUAGUCGCUAGUGUCGCUCGCUCUGCUGUCGUCCUUCGGCCUCUCCCUGCAGCCCAACGAGGACUCCGCACUUCGAGCAUCCUCCGUGACUCCGAGCCGUACCAGGCGAAGCCGCCCAGACAGAACCAGAACCAUAACAAAAUUCUCGUCGCUGGUGCUCUCGCUAUUGGCGGUGGGUUCUGGUGGUUCUACCGAGGGGGUAAGCCCAUCCUCGACGCGUCUGGUGAACCCAAGGCACCUACCAAGUAAAUACGAUAAAUGUUACGAGCAUCGUCUGGGUGUUCAACUGCGAAAAGGACCCAGGUGAAAAGAUAUGAUGGCGAUGGCGAUGGCGAUGGCGACGGCAAUAAGGGCAUGUGAAUAGGGAGGGACCUGUCAUUUCCUUUCUGGGCAGAGAGCUUCAGCCUGCAAAAUUACACCUUGAAUGGUGGAAUGUCUUGUUGGUGAAUACCUUCGACCAACAUUAUGCAUAAUAUCACCUUUAUUUGCGCCAUGCACAUAUAAAUCUCACUGUUUACUGCUUCGCAU